AUAUUUUUCUCCAAUAGUUAACUGGAAGUAAAUGCAGGAACCGGUCAUGUUAUUCAGUAAACAUCACAUAGUUUCUUCACUAGUUAUAUAUUUUUAUUUCAUAUCAAUGAAUGGAGUUACAGCAGGAAGUAAAGUAUUUCCAGCAAAUUUCAUGUUUGGAGUAGGAUCAUCAGCAUACCAAACUGAAGGCUCUAGGUCAGAUGAUGGCAAAGGCGAUAACAUUUGGGACAACUACAUCUCGACCUCAUCUGGAAACUCAACAUACAUCUCUAACGAUUCGUAUGAAAAAUAUAAGGAGGACGUCGCACUUAUCGCCAAGAUGAAACUAAAAUUCUACAAGUUUUCUUUGUCAUGGACUAGGAUCCUUCCAAGUGGCUUCAACGACUCCAUAAACGAAAUGGGUGUAAACUACUACAAAAAUCUCAUCCAAGAAUUGGAAACCCACAAUAUCACGCCCAUAGUUACGAUUUACCAUUGGGACCUGCCUCAAUCGAUACAGAAACUUGGUGGUUGGACUAACACGUCGAAUAUCCAGUUCUUCGUGGACUAUGCCAGAGUGGUUUUCCAGAGUUUUGGCACUGUCAAGUACUGGCUGACGAUGCACGAGCCGAAACAGAUAUGUAGAGGGGGGUAUGGGGAUGGAAGUCUCGCCCCAUUCAUCUCAGAAAGUGGGGUGCUGGAUUACCAAUGUGCUUAUGUUGUUUUGAAAGCACAUGCUGCUGUCUACAGGAUGUAUCGUACCGAGUUUCCAAAUGCUGGAGGAAAAAUGUCUAUUGCUUUGGAUGGCUCUUGGUCAGUACCUGCGAGGAACACCAGUACUGAUCAGACAGCUGUCAAUAGAAGACACCAAUUCGAGUUUGGUUUUUAUGCAAAUCCCAUUUUCGUUAAUGGAGACUGGCCUAAUACAGUGAAACAGAUUGUUAAUCCAGGUAAUAAAGGGGAUUCUCGCCUUCCAACUUUCACUAAGGAAGAACUUGCCCAAAUCAGAGGUUCAGCUGACUUUUUGGCUCUGAAUUACUAUGAAGCUCGCAUGGUACAAUAUGUUCGCUCAAAGUCAAAUGGCAGCAUUCCUAGCUACGAGCAAGAUAUGCGAAUGAAUAUCUCGAAAAAUUCCACAUGGGCUGAAGGUGCCAACGGAUUCACGAUUGUACCUUGGAGUAUUAGAAGUUUCCUCAAUUGGACAAAAAGAGAAUAUAGAAAUCCUGAAAUUAUCAUAACUGGCAAUGGUGUAGCAGAUGAUGGUUCUCUACAGGACACUUUGAGGAUCAACUAUAUGGCGGACUACCUAUCAAAUAUUUUGGAUGCCAUCCAUAUUGAUAAAGUUAAUGUCACUGGCUACAUCUUCUGGAGCUUAUUGGAUAGCUUCGAAUGGACAAAUGGAUACAACAUACAUUUCGGUUUAUACAGUGUCGACCGGAAUUCGACUGAAAGAACUAGAAUAGCAAAAGACUCUUCUGAGUUUUAUCGAAGAAUUGCUACAGAAUAUAAAAUUCCUGUUACAACAGAUACAACAACGUUUUCUACUAUAUCUACAACUGGAUCUAUAGAUGAUGACAGUUCAAAUUCAGAUUCUGAUAGAACUGACAAAACAACUACAACUAAAUUGUCUACGAGUACUGAUGCUGGAACUACACCAACCUUUACCGAACCCACUACUCAUUCUUCUGAUAUUGUAUCUACUAAAUCAACAACUUCUUCUCUAGUUGUUACAACAACUACAUUUUCUGGGAGUAGUACUGUAAUAUUAUGUUCGUUUAUUCUGUUGGCAGUAUCCAUAAUGUUAUCAUUAUUUUACUCGAAUGGAUUUCACAUGAUAUAUUCAUUGUCGAAGGGUUCUGAGAAAAUAGUAUGA